AUGGGUUUGAGUCUAUUUUGCCUCUUUAUAGCUUUUAUGUUGAGUUAUUUGUACGGCUGGGAUGUGGGCAAAGAGGACGGGUGUCUGGACCUACACCUGACCAACAGUUCACUAUCUAUUACCACAUCACUGAAGGAUGCGCUUAAAAUUGUGAGCGAAGAGUCGGAUGUGAUUGAAAACGUCAAAUUGCUGUUUUUCAUGAACGGCUGUCUGGGCUUUGUGUCGAUGGCCUGCACUCUACUGGUCUUCCCGACCGAAGUGCGGGUAUUUCUCAACGAACACCGGAACCGAUGGUAUUCAACGAGUUCUUACUAUUGGAGCAAAUGCUUUGUCGAAAUACCCGUCACUAUUGUCAUAGCAUUUACGUUCGCAACCAUCAUGUUUUACUCCACCGGCCAGUUGUCCGACAGUUUCCGGUACUCGUACUUCGCGCUAAACGUGAUAUUUGUUGCGUUUAUCGCCAACUCUGUGGGCAAUUUGAUUGGUAUCCUAUUUGCCGAUAACUAUCAAUUGGCCACAACUAUGGGCGUCGCCCUCUUUAUGUCGAUCUUCUUGUUGGGCGGUUUCGCUGUCCGCCUGUCCUCUCAGGAUGUGUUCAUUCGUGCCCUCAGUUACGGCUCUUUUCUUAGAUUUAAUUUUUAUUCAGUUUUGGUCAUCUCACAAGUGUUCGUUUGCUCGGUUUGGUUUCAUUAA